UUCCGCUUUGUCGUCAUCACAAGGCGACGUUUUCUCAGGCCGCAGGUGGUGGAAGCGAAAUCACCGCGUUUGGAAGCUAUGGCACCAUCACCAACAAAGCGUAAGGAAGAGGAAAAACCAAAAGAGAGAGGCAAAGAAAAGACUGGAACCAAGGAAGGAGACAAAGAGAGAGGGCGCGAGAAAGUAAGGAAACGUCGCAGUGCUUCUACUGGCAGCAGCAGCAGCAGGUCCAGGUCUAGCUCUACUUCAAGCAGCAGCUCUGGUUCCAGCUCUGGAUCCUCAAGUGGAUCGAGCUCAUCUGGGUCCAGCCGCUCUGGUUCUUCAAGCUCUCGCUCAUCUUCCUCCUCCAGCUCUUCUGGUUCUCCAAGUCCCAGCCGUAGACGUCAUGACAACCGUCACCGCUCCCGCUCAACGUCCAAAACACAGAAGAGGGGAGAUGAUAAGGAGCGAAGAAAAAGAACCCCAAGUCCAAAGCCAACAAAAAUUUAUUUAGGGCGGCUCACCAGGAAUGUCACCAAGGAACACAUCCAUGAGAUCUUUUCCACUUAUGGAAAAAUCAAAAUGGUUGACAUGCCAAUGGACAGGGCCCAUCCUCACCUGUCCAGGGGCUACGCUUACGUGGAAUUUGAGACUUCUGAGGAGGCAGAGAAGGCUCUUAAACACAUGGAUGGAGGUCAGAUUGACGGACAGGAAAUCACUGCAUCAGCUGUGCUGACUCAACGAGUGCGUCCUCCACCCCGCAGACCAACUCCUCCUCGCAGAAUGCCCCCGCCCCCACCUAUGUGGCGUCGCACACCACCUCGUAUGAGGAGAAGAUCCCGCUCACCCAGGAGACGCUCCCCAGUGCGCCGCCGUUCUCGCUCCAGGUCUCCUGGGCGCAGACGUCACCGCUCUCGUUCCAGCUCUAACUCCUCCAGAUAAACAAGUUUCCUCAUACCAAGUGAUCUCUUAGAUUUUCUGACUCAAGACCAGAUGGAAUUUCUGCUUUUUCAGACCGUAUGGACUCAGUGGGAAUAAAAACCUCUGCUUUGUAGUCUGUCAACACCUGCCAUGCAUGUUGAAAGCAGAACUUUUUUUUUUUUUUAAUUUGUGUCGAUUCUUUCUGCAAAGUGAGUUUCUUUCAGUGUUUGUGUUGAGUUUAUCCUGAAGAGCUAACUCAGAGUUAACGUUGAAAGCUACAUUUUGGCUUCUCAAAUCUAUGGAUAUUUCUUUUUAAAGUGUGACUUCUUUUUACCAUGUACUGAAUUUUUAGACAUUUGAAAAUAAAAACGCUGAAUCAGG